AUGGACCGCAACCCUUCCCCUCCUUGGAGGGAGUUGGAGGCUGAGGCCGAGACCGAGGCUGAGGCUGAGGGCGCAGGGGGAGACGCCAUUGGCGCCACGAUCUACAGCAAGCACUGGCUCUUCGGCGUCCUCAGCAGCCUCAUCCAGCUUAUUAACCCAGAGAAAGCCAAAGCAGAUGACGAGGAAGAGGAACCCACAGAGUUGGAUGAAGAAUUGGAGAAUGAAAUUUGCAGAGUGUGGGACAUGUCCAUGGAUAAGGAUGUAGCUUUAUUUCUCUAUGAAUUUAAUGCUCCAGACAUAUUUAUGGGAGUGUUGGCCAAGACCAAGUGUCCUCGACUAAUGGAAAUUUGCGUUGGAAUUUUGGGUAAUAUGGCCUGUUUCCAGGAGAUAUGUGUGUCUAUCAGUAAUGAUAAAAAUAUUGGACAGACGUUGUUGCACUGCUUAUAUGAUUUGGAUCCUCCUACUCUGCUGGAAAUAAGCAGAUUAUUGCUAACUUGCCUUUCUCAGCCACAAGUGGCCAGUGUUUGGGUUGAAAGGAUACGGGAAAAUCCAGCAGUCUAUGAUAGCAUUUGUUUCAUCAUGUCAAGUUCAACAAAUGUUGACUUGCUGGUGAAAGUGGGUGAAGUGGUUGACAAGCUCUUCGACUUAGAUGAGAAGCUAAUGGUGGAAUGGAUUAGAAAUGGUACUAAUGAGGUCCUAGACCAGUCCUCUGAGGAUUUGGAAGAGAAAUCCCCACUGAAGAUUGUCCCCUGUGUACUUGAAGCUGCUAAACAAAUCCGUUCAGAUAACCCAGUAGGACUGGAUGUUUAUAUGCAUAUCUUACAACUACUUACCACUGUGGAUGAUGGAAUUCAAGCAAUUGUUCAGCUCCCUGAUGUUGGAAGAGAUACUUGGAAUUUUCUUUCUGAUCUGGCCUGCCAUGAAUUCUGUCAGCCUGGUGAUCCACCAAUCAUACUUCAGGAACAGAAAACAGUGCUGGCAUCCAUCUUCUCAGUGUUAUCUGCUGUAUAUGUGUCACAGGCUGAACAGGAGUAUAUAAAGAUGGAAAAAAGUCUGCCUCUAAUUGGCAGCUUGAUUCGGGUCUUGCACAACAUGGAGGACUGUCAGCAAAGAUCAGUGAACUUAGAUUCUAACAGAGAAGAAACUGAAAAGUCUGAUGUAACUGAGGAAGAUUUCCACUUGAAAGUCUUAAAGGAUGUUUCGUGUGAACUACUUUCUAAUGUUUUUCAGGAUUUGACAAAGGAGAAUAUCAUUCAGGCACUAAAGGAAGACCAUUUAAACAAGCAGAAGUGUUUUUGUGCAUUUAAAAACCUUCUUCCCUUGUACUGCUCUGUGGUAGAAGACUUCCUUAAAGUCCUUUGUGAUGUUGACAAGUUGCUAGCAGAUGACCUGGAGAAGGAUUUACCAAGUUUGAAGGCACAGACCAAAAACUAGAACAGAACAGUCCUUUUCUUAAGGAAAAUACUGUUUCUUCCCUGGCUGAAGAAUGUGAUGAUCUACAGCUUCCACAAAACCUUGCUGACCUUCUGGAACUUGUAAAGAGCAGCAGAGGGAGAUGACUUGUGGAGGUGGGCGAGGGAGCCUUAUGGACUGUGACUGCCCUACUUUCCUCCUCUUUGUGUGUUGUGGUCACAAAUAUAAACAGUAUUGACUGUGU